AUGAAAUUGGAUACAUCUCAUAUGAGAUAUUUGACGACGGAUGACUUUCGUGUCCUACAAGCCGUCGAACAAGGCUCUAAAAGUCAUGAAGUUGUCCCAACUCUCAUGAUUCACCAGAUCUCAGGAAUGAGGUCACAAUCGGGUACAAACAGGGCCAUCAGUGAUUUGGCCAAGCUAAGCUUAAUCUCCAAAAUGAGAAAUAUCAAAUACGACGGUUAUAGGCUAACGUACAACGGUAUCGAUUACUUGGCCUUGAAAACAAUGCUGAACAGGAAUACUGUUUAUUCCGUCGGUAACACGAUUGGUGUUGGUAAGGAAUCUGACAUUUAUAAAGUUAGUGAUAAGGACGGGAAUCCGAGAGUGAUAAAGAUUCACAGAUUGGGUAGAACCUCCUUCCAUACUGUCAGGAACAAUAGAGAUUACUUGAGGAAAUCUAAUCAAGGUGCGAACUGGAUGCAUCUUUCGCGCUUAGCCGCUAAUAAAGAAUAUCAGUUUAUGUCAAUGCUAUAUUCAAAAGGAUUCAAAAUCCCUGAACCAUUCGAUAAUUCUCGCCACAUUGUUGUGAUGGAGCUGAUCAAUGGUUUCCCAAUGAGAAGAUUAAGAAAACAUAAAAAUAUACCCAAACUUUAUAGCGAUCUAAUGUGUUUUAUUGUUCAGCUAGGUAAUAGUGGGCUCAUUCAUUGUGAUUUCAACGAGUUCAAUGUUAUGAUUAAAGAUGAAUUGGAAGACGAAAAUGACUGUGGGUUUGUGGUUAUUGAUUUCCCACAAUGUGUAUCUAUUCAACACCAAGACGCCGACUACUAUUUUCAAAGAGACGUUGAUUGUAUUCGCCGUUUUUUCAAAAAGAAAUUGAAGUAUGAACCAAAACCAGACUCAUCAAUGCUCGAUACAGACGGUUUCGGAGAUGGUUACAAAUACGCCUAUCCCGAAUUUAAAAGAGAUAUCAGAAGAACCGACAAUUUGGAUGAGUUAGUUCAGGCUUCCGGAUUUAGCAAGAAACAUCCAGGUGAUAGGAGUUUAGAAGAUGCAGUUGAAAGCAUGAGGAACGCUGCUUAUAACUCAGAUGACGAAGCAGAAGUAGAGGACGAAGUAGAUGCAGAAGCAGAAGGCGAGGAGGAUGAGGGUGAUGAUUCAGAGGAGGAGGAGGAAUAUUAUGAUUCCGAAUCUGGUGAUGACAGUUCUGAUGAUGAUAGCGGAGAUUCGCAAGAAGAAGAAAAUGAACGUAUUAUAGAGGCGCUUUCUAGCGGUGUUGGAAACCUGAAAAUGGAUAAAUUAGGAAACUAUUUACUAGAAUAG